AAAACAUUCAUCCGACCAUUGCAAAUUGCAUUGCACGGCGCUAGCAUAUUGCAACCACACGAGAUAGAAAUGCAUUUCCCCUUUCAGCGCCGAGACUGAGCAAGGAAACAACCACAGACUCUGACAGAGAAUGGAAGCGGGAAGGGAGGACCACACUGCCGAAGGGGAGGUGCAAUGGCGGCCGGUCUCCCUCACAUUUGUUGAAUAUCCGGAAGGUGACAUCAUCGGCAAGGCCUUGGCCUAUAUCAGUCUGGCUCCUGUCAUCAUUCUGGUGGGCUUUGCAACACUCAUUCUCUUCAGAAGAGAGAUCCACACGAUAACAUUUUUAUGUGGAAUCCUGUUCAACGAGUUUGUCAACUGGAUCACAAAGCAUAUCAUCAAAGAGCCAAGACCUGCAAGGGGUAAUCAGGAGAUGUUGUUCUCAGAGUACGGCAUGCCUUCAAGUCAUUCCCAGUUCAUGUGGUUCUUUGCAGUCUAUGUAGUUCUCUUUAUUUAUGUCAGGCUAGGACUUCAGCAGCAUAGCUCCACUAGUCUACUAGAGUUAGUGUGGAAACACUGUCUAGCCAUAGGGACCACAGUUUUAGCAUUGAUUGUUAGUUUUAGCAGAGUGUAUCUUGCCUACCAUACUGUGAGACAGGUGGUAUGCGGAGCCUUAUUGGGGACCAUCCUGGCUGUGCCUUGGUUUGCCUUUAACGAGGUUUUCCUGACCCCUCUCUAUCCCCGCGUGGUCUCCUUGAGAGUAGCCGAGAUCCUGAUGGUGCGAGAUUCCACCCUGAUUCCCAACGUCUUGUGGUUCGAGUACACCAAUGCCAGAACAGAGGCCAGAACAAGACAACGAAAGCAGGGCUGCGGCAACAAGAUGUCAUGACUACAUGUGAAGGAGGCGAUACGCGAGGAGUUACGGGACAGGUGCCAGCAUUCCUGAUUGCCACUACCCGGCCGGCCUUUGGCAAUGGGAAGGGCGCCCUCUAUCGUCUCACUGAAGCGUGUGGUAAGCUUGCUCAAUCUGCCACAUCGUUCCCGCCUCGUGCACUUUGAAGAUGAUGACACUUUCCGCAGCCAAGUUUAUUUAAAAAUGAUUCUCUCUUUUUUGCCUCUCAAGAAAUGCUUUCACAUUUUUUCCUGAUUUUUGUAUGGAAAGGGACCACCAGUGGGUAUAGUCAGGGUUUUUUUCCCGGGAGUGUUGACCAAUUUUUUUAUGUCUGUUUUGUUUUCUGUUCUCAUUUUCAAAUGGAAAGAACACACAGCGCACUAAGUGCAAAUAUAAGCAGUGUUUUCACAGAUGCAGAUAAAGAUGUUUUAAUCUCUACUUGGCUGUAUGCCAUUCAGAGCAUUAAUUACAUGAACAAAGGUUCAUAUUUCUUAUGAAUUCUAAGCGAAUCUGUCAACAGUGUCAUUUUGUUUUUGUAGUAAUUGAACAUUUUUUUUCUCACAAUUUUGUUUUUUUUUUCAUAUCUGUGACACAUUCCCUAAGACACAAGUAGCUUUGUUGACAAUGCCAACGGUAUAUUUGAAAGCAAGUCACGAAGAUUGUUUUACAAAUGCUGCACGGAAAUGAGUUAACAGCAGAAAGUCACAACAUCUGUCGAAUUAUUUGCGUUUCUGCCUGUUAGUCAUUUCUUUCUUGCUAACUCUUUCGUGUAAUUACCUGUUUUUUUCUGUCAGCAUCUUUUUUGUCUUAAUAAACUUUUGAAAGGUGAUUUUUUUCAUGGAGGUCAAUGGAUCUCAAACUAAAGCUGCCUGAGUAAUUUCUUGCUAUCCUCACGUCGUUUAUACAUAGUAUUGGUACAUGUAACACUCGAGUAUAUCUCACAUUCUCUCACAUUGUUAGAGACACUACAGAAAAUCUCUAAAUGUGCUGUAAACUUCAAAUUAUGUCUUGGACAAAACAAAAACAGAUUAUUUGGACGGCUCAUAAAAAGGGAUGGUUCUGUAACGACAUGCUGAGGAUGAAACCUUAGAUAAUAUAGGGGUCCCUAAUCCAUUUUGCAUCUUUUUUUCUCUCAAAACUUGCUUUAAACACCUUUUGGUCUUUUAAUUUUCAUGUAUCUAUCAUGGAAUAUAAAUACCUCAAGCAGCGAUCUGUAAGAAUUAAACAGUGGCAGAAUUUCAUCUGUUAAUGUUAUUGAAUGAAACCAAGAUUACGACCACCUUUUUCUAUUCAUUAUUUAUUGAAUAAUUUCACAGUUUUAAGUAAUGAAGAAAAAAAGAAAUUCUGCUUUAGCACUGCCUGCGAAAUUCUGCUUUAGCACUGCCUGCGUGAAACUUUCUAUUAAUGUUUCAAUUAUUUACCAAACGAAGGCUGUUAUUUACUGUACACAAGCGCAACAUUUGCAUGUCCUGUGUUGAAUCUAGUCCCAUACCUUUGUGGCCUGUAAAGAGACCAUUCACCUUUGACCUUUUCACCUUUCACCUGGCAUUUGAACAGACACUGACUUGGGGUUGGGGUGUUGCUACACUUCCCCCAGCAUAUUGCUUCAAGCGGGUCUAUCGUUCUUCUCUCCAACAAAAUAACUCCCAAAAUAUCCAACUCCCAAAAAUUCAACCAAAAAGUGACUUUUUUUCCUCCAGUUGUUCGGUCUGGGACUGAGGAAUAAAACUGAUUUCACCUGCAUGCAUUUGGCAACUUUUAAAGCUGCCUGUAUGUUUUUGUGCAAGAAAAGCAAGAGGAGAUCACAGCUGUUGUUUGUAUGGGUGCAAAUUUUCCAUGCAUUGCCAAGAGAAAAGAUCCAACAGACAUGCUUCAUCUGCGGCUUGUAACAGACUUUGACUUGAAUGCGUAUGAGUAAUAAAGAUUUGUAUACAUGUAUACAAGAAGCAUUACUCAGAAACCAGUACAUGUAUCCUGAAAGUGGGAGUUGAUGAAGGCUGUGUGCUCUGACCUAUUUAAUGAAAAUAAUGGAAUGCUGAGCAUGAAGUGAAGUAUUAAUCAAGAAAUUGGCUACACUUAAUUUUUUUUAAUUUCUUGUUCAAAUUAAAAUGAUGGGUUGUCAAGUUUACGGGUCAGUGGUUUCACACUUCAUUUGAAAACAUCAAAUAUCAAACUCGCACUUCAUUUGAAAAGAAUAUCAGGCUAUCCCAACUUGCCCUUUUGUAUGUUGUGCCCAUUUUGCCACUAUAAAUGUCCCAAAAAAAAGCGUUGUUGCUGGUGCUUCAGACUUUCAAACAAGCCCAAACAUUUAUACCCACCAGAACCAAACCGUAAAUAACUUUACUAGGAGGUAAACAUCAGAUUUGUGAAUGAUCGAGAGCAACCUCUAUGGUGGUUUUUCCUCAUAGAGUAUUCUUGUACAUGAACAUAUAUAUCUAUAGAGUCCCAUAAAAAAGUCCAUGUUUCAAAAGCCAUGUUCACUCCCAAGAAGUUAAUUUUUAAGCAUUGCUUGAAUCAGACUUCUCAGCUAAUUUUGCCUUUACCCAGACAGCGAUGGAGCAUGGUAUUGAUUUUAAAUUGUGACAUUUUAUACAAGAAAUCUUACAUUUGUAACAGUAGUCUGUAGAGGAUGCAUCUGUAUUGAUUGAGGCUGGUCCUCAGUUCAAAUUUUUUUUUUUAAAUAUAUGAAAGUGUAAUCCUUGUAACGAUGUCAGGAUGCCUAAAUAUUUGAAUGUGAAGUUAAUGUCUUGUUAAUAACGCAAAGCAAGUGCGCUUCUCAAGCAUGUGUAUGUGUAAAGCAUGCAGAUCAACUUUGCAGUAUCCUUGAGACUAUAAAAGUUAGGAAUGCUCCUCGUGGGGUGUUAAAAAAAUCUUAGAAUGACAGAGGCAUUUACUAAAAUGCUGAAGGAUUAGAAGGAAUAGAGCUUGGUGAAGUGGUUGCUGAAGUGAAGAUCAAAUUUGGAAUCCCACCCUGUGAUGUCAGUAGUUCAUGUCAUCUACUUAUUUAUUCUUUGUGAUUAAAUUAAGGAAUAGGUUUUAAAAAAUUGCCAUUUCAGAAUUAUUUUAGUGAUUGCUGUUUUACUUUCAAGUUCCACAUCAGGGCAUUUGUAAUUUUACACUAGGCCUAGAAUCGGUGCAUAAAUCUUCAUCUUUCUAAAAUGGCAAUAGAAACUGUUUUCUUCAAGUGAGAAGUGGUUGGCAUUUCACUUGCAAAGGUUUCUUUCACGGCACAUAUUUGAUUGUUCAAAGUCUUCAGCUAGUUGAACUUGCUUUGAACAUCCAACAUCACACUCUCAUUUCGUCUCCCCUCCUCUCCCCAAAAAAGAGGAAAAUCCCAUCUACAGAAGUGUGUUUCAGUCUAUUGAAUUUUUAAUGACAUCUUUAUCAGAAAUCACAGGGACUCUAAUUCUGUGCAGUGUGCAUACCUAACACUAUUCUGGGUGGAAUAUUCUGUUUUGUUUUGGAUACUAUUUUUAUAGGUUCGCACAGGCAUGUUGGUGGAGAUUGCCAAGUCGCUCUUGGGGAAGACAAAUUCAUGCAUUGAGCAUUGCCUUGAGUGCUGCAGUCAUAACUGACUUUUAAACGACACGAUUUGUAAAGAAAGGUGUCAUUUGUAAAAGACCUGUACAAGGGAACUGCAUUGGUCCAUUGGCAAGGAUGAGAACAGGCAAUUGAUUAUUUCUCUGUAAGCUUGGCUUCUGAGAGCUAAAUCAAGAACGUUGGUUAUUUGAAACAAAAAGGCACCAAGCUUAUAAGAUAAUGUUGCACUGGUACGGAGUUGUUAUUGAUUGGUCUGGAGUCCUGUCCCAGCAUUGCAGCAUGUCUACAUGCUUGAUGCCACUGGGCAGCAAAUGAUCAAUGUGGUAUUGAUUGAUUGGUUGAUUGAUUGGUUGGUUGAUUGUCUUGUUAGUUGACUUCAACCGACUUUUUUAUAUGCAAGACUGAAAUUGGUUCAUGCUUGUCUCACUUUCCUUUUUAAAAAUGCACACAUCGUAUAUCACAAUUAUGAUUUAAUCAAAGGCUGAUACAGACUUGAUAAUUUUAGGAAAAAAUUGCUAAGGAUAACACUGUAUGGUUCCAUAUUGUAUUACUUUGGAAUUCUUUAAAUUUCAAUUGAGAAGUAUCCAAAGACAUGACAAAAAUAAUUCUACAUGAUGAUGUACUGAGAUGAUUUACAUCGCAUCUAAUGGGAAAUAAUUUUGUUUCCAUCCUCCAGUUGGCAUUCCUAAGGUGGUUUUGUAAUGAAUCAUGUGUACUGGUUUACUGAAUAUUGUGAAGUUGAACACUUUCAUCGUUCUUUUUUAUUCUCUCGAUUAAAAAUGGAGUGGUUUUAGAGUGAAAUUUCCACUGUCAACUUUGGACCAAACGAUGAAGUUAAAGUUGAAUUGAUUUAUUCCGAAUGAAAGUCUCAUUUUGCUUUAUAACAAUGCUCUCGAAUACAGUUUCCUAACCUGUGAAUUAUUUGCAGCAAAUUCGAUUGAAAUAUUUUGCAACUUUCCAAUUGACAACCGUCAGAGCAUGCUCAUGAGAAUGAUUUGACAUUAAAGUCACUAAGGUCAAAGGUUGAAGAUCUGUGUACAUGAACGACCUCAAGAUUCGUAUGCGGCCCACAAGAUGUGAACUCAAGGUUAAGUGUGUCAUGUAAUUUUGCUCACAUGACCUCAUUGUUAGUUGAUAUGACGAGGUCACUGGCGGAUGCCGAAUGACCUCAAGUCAAAGAAAUAAAAGUGGUAAAUUUUUUUGGGGGGGGGCCUUUUUAAAAUCUGCUUUAAGCGAGGAAUUGAAAUCGCAUCUUUUUCAGAAGAUAGAAACUAGUCUUUUCCUUUAAAUCAAAGAACAAGAUCUAUGAAUGAUGGUAAUGUAAUCUUUUAAAAAAAAUGCUCAAUAAACAUGCAUGAAUUCAACAAUAUUUGAGUAUAUCUGUUAUGUAUGAUGUAUGUCUUUUUCUGAUUUGUGUCGAGUGUAUGUCAAGUGCAUAAAAUGCAAAUUUUAACUAGAUACUGUGACAUUAAAAUGACACUGACCAAUA